AUGGCGACUAAAAGAAAAGUACGUGAGCAAGAACCAGUAAACAUCGAGAACAAGAAGAAGGCGAAAAUGGAGGACAGACUCAGCGACUUGCCGGAGUGUUUGCAGCUUCAUAUUCUCACUUCUCUUGACGCAAAACACGCCGUUCAAACAUCAGUUUUAUCAAGAACCUGGGUUUCUGCGCACACUCGGAUCCCAGUUCUUGAAUUCAAUUCCUACUCUUUCAAAAAACUCCUAGUCUUUGAUAAGUUCGUAUGUGAUGUUCUGCGUCAUCGUGAUCACUCAGCAAAGUUGGAAAGAUUAACAUUCAACCGUUCUGGAUCCUGCAGUGCCAAGAUUUUGAAUAGCGUUUUCGAUUACGCGUUUUCGUUGGGUGUCGAGCAGUUGUCAGUUAACCUUCAACAAAGUAGAAACAAAACAUGGCCGGUUUUUCCAGUAAUUGCUUCCUUUGAAUCCUUAAAGAGUUUAACACUAGAAAGCCAAAGUCAUAUGAUUUGCCCGUAUCUGGGGCCAAUUUCAAGAUCAUUCAAGAGUCUUACUACUAUGCAUCUUCAACAUGCACUUAUAAAAGAUCCCGAUCCAUUCUCAGGGUUCCCAAUGUUGGAAAGUUUAACACUGGAAGAUUGUCAUCUUUGCAUGGAAAGUGAAAAAACUUUGAGGAUACACGCUCUUUGA